GCAUGCCAGUGUUAUUUGUGCGCUCAGCGUUAGGAGCAGGAAGUGCUGCCUUUGUGCUGAUAGCGGAGUGAAAUUGUGUUGCUGUGGGAUUCGGAGCUGGACAGAAGAAGAACACGGCUCUGAUUCUGCAGCCUUUUCUCCUCCUCCUCCUCCUCCUCAUGUCCACUCUGCUGGUUCUGCUGGACUCUGGCUGCUCUGCUGUGAAAUGGAUGGUGAUAAUCUGAAGAGCCUGCUGCUUCUACAUUCCUGUGUGGUUGUACUACCAUGAGCAAUUCCACUCCAUCCACAGCUAAUGGCAACGAGAGCACAAAGUUUAAAGGAGACCGACCGCCCUGUGGACCCUCUCGUGUCCUUCACGUUCGUAAAGUUCCCCUUGAGGUCUCUGAGGCCGAGGUCAUCUCAUUAGGAAUCCCGUUCGGAAAAGUCACCAACCUGUUGAUGCUCAAAAGCAAAAACCAGGCUUUUAUAGAAAUGGCUUCUGAGGAAGCAGCGAUCACCAUGGUGAACUACUACACCACAGCCACACCCCACGUCCGCAACCAACCCGUCUACAUCCAGUACUCCAACCACCGCGAGCUGAAGACCGACAACCUGCCCAACCAGGGGAGAACCCAGGCCACCCUGCAGGCCGUGAACGCAGUGCAUUCUGGGAACAUGACCCACUCGGCGUCGGCCAGUGACAGCAGCAUGAUGCCCAGUCAGAGUCCAGUCCUGCGCAUCAUCGUGGAAAAUCUCUUCUACCCCGUUUCUCUGGAAGUUCUUCACCAGAUCUUCUCUAAGUUUGGAACAGUCCUGAAGAUCAUCACCUUCACCAAGAAUAACCAGUUCCAGGCUCUUCUACAAUACGCAGAUCCUAUAAAUGCUCAUCACGCCAAACUGACUUUAGAUGGACAGAACAUUUAUAACGCCUGUUGCACGCUGCGUAUCGAGUUCUCUAAACUGACCAGCCUCAACGUCAAGUACAACAAUGACAAGAGCCGAGACUUCACACGACUGGACCUGCCCUCAGGAGAUGGACAACCCACACUGGAGCCUGCAAUGACCGCAGCAUUCGGGGCUCCUGGAAUCAUCUCCUCACCCUACGCUGGAGCGGCUGGUUUCGCUCCUGUUGGUUUUCCUCAGGCUGCAGGUCUCUCCAUGCAGGCGAUGCCUGGUGCUCUCGGACCCCUCACCAUCCCCACAUCAGCUGUAGCCGGGCGGAUGGCCAUCCACGGCAUGCCUCCCACCGCCCUCCACUCUGUUCUCCUGGUCUCCAACCUCAAUCCUGAUAGUAUAUCACCACACGGACUGUUCAUCUUAUUCGGAGUGUAUGGAGAUGUUCACAGAGUUAAGAUUCUGUUCAAUAAGAAAGAGAACGCAUUGGUGCAGAUGGCAGAUGCGACACAGGCCCAGCUCGCGAUGAGUCACCUGAAUGGACAGCGUUUGUAUGGCAGGGUGAUGCGUGUCACCAUCUCUAAACACCAGACAGUGCAGCUUCCUCGUGAGGGUCAGGAGGAUCAGGGUCUGACCAAAGACUUCAGUGGCAGCCCACUGCAUCGCUUCAAAAAACCUGGCUCUAAGAACUUCCAGAACAUCUUCCCUCCAUCAGCCACACUGCACCUCUCCAACAUCCCACCGUCUAUUGCGGAUGACAUGCUGAAGGAACUCUUCUCCAGUUCAGGAUACACUGUUAAAGCUUUCAAGUUUUUCCAGAAGGACCGUAAGAUGGCAUUGAUCCAGCUAGGGUCAGUGGAGGAGGCCAUUCAGGCCCUGAUCGACCUCCACAACUACGACCUGGGCGAGAACCACCACCUGCGAGUGUCCUUCUCCAAGUCCACCAUCUAGCAGCGUUCCUCUUCCCCUGGACCCCUCAGUGCUGCCGCUGCUCUGAUCACGGGUUUAAAUCGGAGAGAUGAAGCCUGACUGACAAACUUCUGUAACUAAAGACAUGAUUUAAUAUAAACAAAAACUUUAAUGAUGAAAUGUAGACAAAAAAAAAAACAAGAGGGCCUUUGGGUAGUUUUAGAGAUUUUAGGGGUUUUAAAGUUCUAUAAGGAGUUAGAGACUACUAUAUGACCUUCAGGUAGAGAGAAACUGAAGGUUUUUUUUUAGAAGCUGGAGACACGCGAGCUUCGAUUCGUCACGACGAAGUUCUCGUUUUUAUCUGUUUUUCUCACAGCCAUUGCAGCGCAGCCAUGGUUUAAACCGAACUGCAGCAGAAUCUUCAGAGUGAGAGAGAAGCAUCUCUUUUUUUGACUUUGCUGGAGAAGUUUGUCGUGGACGUGAACGUGAACGUGGAUGUUGAUGUGCCUGUAGUGCUAUUAAACUGUUAACGUUUCACCCAGGUGCUCCAUCCAGCUUUCAGAACUGGAGCCUCACUGGAUAGGCCACACCCUCUCUGAAUGUCCGUGAUGUCAUCACAAGGUGCCGCUGGGUUUUUUACCCUGUAGCGACGUUCCCUCAGCACCGCAAGCUCUCUUUCACGUAGCAGUAAAGUGUCUGUGCGACGGACGGGGACCGGUUCUGACACUUCGUCAUGCGUGCUCGGGACCUGUGAAUACAUCCUGAUUUUUGUUCUCCUGUGAAAUGGGUUUCACUUUCAUUUUAAAAAUAUUGAAACGUCGGACGGACGAGAGAAACCUGCAUCGCCUGGUCCGGACCGCUUGGCCACUCAUCUGUGUCCAGCCGAGACGUUUUUAUAGACAUGCACGUCUAUUCCAGGAAAGCAUGUCCGGCUGUCAAUCAUGCUGGAACACUCCAAUCAGCAGAGCCCGGCUGUCAGGAAGCCCCGCCUCCUGUCAUUUAAACGUCAUUAUGAAUGUGAAUCAUGUAGCCCCCCCAACCGCCCCCCCCCCAAAUGAACGAUGGUUUGCUGAUUGGUUCCCUCUCCAUUCGGUGUCCCUCUUGUAAUCAAAUGCUUUUCCUUUUAACUUUUAUGAUUGUUUAUUUUAUUUUUCUUAUUUUUUUUCCAGGUUGCAUCAGAAUCAGAACAAGUCAAACAGACCUGAUUCGAUGUUGCCUUUCUCUCUCUCUCUCUCUCUCUCUCUCUCUCUCUCCUUGCUGUCCCACCUCCACAUGUCCAAAAACCAAAAUAAGAAGAGGCAAAAAAAGCGAGAGAAAGUGCAUGUUUGUGGUGCAGGGAGAAAAGCCGCCCCUACUGAAACGCUGGCUUUAAAUAUCAGCCUGUUCGAGGUGGAAUUAAAUCCAGCCGUGAUUUUUCAGUCAGGGGAAGAAAACGCUGAGAGAUUCUAGUGAUUAAUAAAUGUAGAGGAAAACGAGCUGCAUCCUGAUCCUGCAGAAACACCAGCCAGUAGGGUUGCCAGGUCUGUGUCUUUCAAACAGUGUGGAACACAGCGCUUAUGAAUUCUUGAAUCUGAUUGGUCAGAAGGUGUCUAAGGUUUCUAUAGUAACAGCUCUCUAAGGAGACACUCUGUUAGUGUCACAGCCUCAUGAAGCUUUUGUUUUGUUUUUUUCCUUAUAAGGAUUUCCCUUACACAGACCUGGCAACCCUGACUCUCAGAACAGCCUCAUCCACACUGUCGGUACACAGAGCUCUGGGUCAGGAGCGCUCCAUUAGAUUGGAGACUGCUGGUUCUCAGGAUACAGGAUUCAUCCUCAAGCCUUAAAAUUCCCCACGGAGGGCCUCUAGGUGGCGCUGCUCCUUUUCCUGAGUAAAUUCAACAAAACGAGUUUAUUGAAAACAAAAAGGAAAAUCGUUAAAACGCAGGGCAAGGGACAGCGUCUUGUCUUUUUUUAAAUUUUCUUUUUAUCUUUUUGUGGAUUUUACCUGAAGCGAUGGAUUCCACCCUUUCGCUCCAACGCUUCUCAAAAAGAAACCGAAUUUUUUUUUCUUUGAAGUUUACAGUCUUACAUAAAGCAAAACUAUUCAGGUCUAUUUAUCUUUAACGAUUGUCGAGAUUUUUUGGAAGAAAAAAAAGAAGUUACUUAUUUUUGGUAAUUUGUUCUUUUUUAUGGAGAGAAACAAAACAAAACAACAUGAAAAACAAACAAAACAAACAAACAAAAAAAACUCACCGGGUUUUUGUACCACUAUAAUCAUUCAUGACAUCAUGGUGAAAAAAAAGCAUCAUAUUUACUGUGUAUUUACUUCAUUUUCUUAUUACGUGCCUUAUUAUUAUUAUAAUGUGUUUAUAAUCAAAAUAGGUUUUAGAAAAAAUAUUACCGAAGAUAUCUUAAGUUCUAUUUUGUGCGAUUGGUGAGAGGGUUGUUUUUUUUUUUGUUUUUUUUUUGAGCUUUUUGUUUUGAGCUUUUUGUUUUCUUGUAGGUUUAUUAUUAUUAUUUUUAUUAUUUUAUUAGAUGUGUAUUUUUGUGGGGGCUUCAGUAUUGUGUGGUGUUUUUAUUCCAAACAUAAAUUAAUGCUUGGUGCUUUUGGAAGGCACACUGGAGAAAACCAGGACGAACGGUUCGGUGGGAAAAAAAAAAUGCUUGGUGUUAUGCUGUGGGUCUCCUCCGUCUCGUGUGUGUGUGUGUGUGUGUGUGUGUGUGUGUGUGUGUGUGUGAGAAUCUCUGCUCGUUGUCUCUGCAUGAUGAAAUGCUGUGAAAUGAAAAUCAGGAGUUGGAGAGGAUUCUCUUCUGUUUAAUCUCUCUCGUUAAUCUCGUUAGGCUCAGUGUGUGAUUUAUUGACCUGAGGAAAGUUCCUGGUGUUCAGAGUCCAGUUCUGCAGUGGACCGACUGGAUUUAAUGACCGGACAGACGUCCAGAGUAAUUCUCGCCUCUGUUUUAGACAAACUGCCCCAGCCGGGGGUAACUCACACAUCAUUUCUGAAAGUCUGUGGUCAGGUCUGAGGUUUAAGUGUCCUUUGAUGACCACCUCGCUGUGCUCUGACCACGGCCCUGAAUAGACUGCUGUACUGUACGUUAGGGUGCAUGACCUUUCGCACUGGGCUGUCAGUCAGCGCUCUUAAUACGAGCUCUGGAUGACGAAGAUCUUUUCCUGUGAUGCGUUAAAUAAUAUUCAGGAUCCUGUAUGUUCCAGCAUUUCCUGUUUAAAAAAAAUCCAAUCAAUCUGAGAUGAAACAAUCCUGAUGUAUCUGAGCAGAACGAGAUGAGAUUUGAGGUGUGUGUGUGUGUGUUGGACUUUUCUUAUUUACUGUAUCUUAUAAUCAGAUUGAUUUUAGGGGGCGUGGCCUGUUUUGUGCUCUGUAGUGAUUGUUUUUUUGUUUGUUUCUUUAUAUAUUUUUCCCUCUUAUUUGUAAGGAUGAGAAACUGGAUAAAGUUGGCUUUGGUGUGUGUGUGUGUGUGUGUGUGUGUGUGUGUGUGUGUGUGUGUGAGAAAGAAGAAGCUGGGUUGGUGGUGUGAAGGGCGUGAUGCUGUAUCUGUAAAAGCUUUUCAUUUACACACAGGAGAAAAAGCCAGACUUGUGAUAUUUUAAUGCGGCACUAAAUCCAGCAGUUCACUCUGAUCCUGAUGACAUUUUCCUCUCCAUCACACUCGUCUUUCAUUAUUUAUUUUAUUUUCAUUUGAUUUUUCCAGACCUAACACACAGUUUUUACCCAGUCCAGUCUCUCGACUCAGGCAGCCUUCGUCCGGCCGUGAUGUCCGACACGUUCUGUUCAGAUCCGCCUUCGGGGUUUUGGUUUUUUUUUUUUGUUUCGUUUUUUCCCAAAAUAGUUUUUAUAUUGAAACUAAACACAGAAAUAACG